AUGCAUCACCUGUUUGGGCUGGUUUUGGCACAAAAGGACCUUUCACGUGCAGGGGAUCUUUUCUCCUUAGAGGAUGCUGAAAUCGAAGCAAGCCUCUCGGAAGCUCUUGAACAAAUAAGAAUAAUUAGUUCAUCUGCGGACUACCAGACCAAUGACAAUGACCAGGCUGUGGUGGAAAUCUGCAUCACCCGCAUCACCACUGCCAUCAGGGAGACAGCGUCCAUUGAAAAGCACGGGAAAGCCCUCGUGGCUCUCUGGGAGUCGUGCCUAGAACACAACCUGAAGCCCUCUGGAAAAGAUGAGGACACACCACAUGCAAAAAUUGCAUCCGAUAUCAUGAGCUGUAUCUUGCAG